GACUGCAGCUGCGACGUAGUCAACGACAUCUCUUCAUUUUCCAACGUCCUUCGCACCGCGUAGCAUGAUGAACCAGCCGUCGUCGCCCAAGAAGGCUGCCAAGGAGAUGGACUCGGUGCUCUUUGACGAGGAAGAGAAGCCGCAUGCGCCCGUGGCCGCUGCCAACGGCGAGGCCGUCGCCGACGAGAACGACGACGAGAAGAAGAACCGGACGUCGUCUAUGGGCUACGUGCUCCCGGUCGACAAGCUCAAGAACGGCGCGUCGACGGCGGGCAAGAUGUUUGGCUCGGCUUUUGAGUCGAUGAAGGCCAAGUCCUCGGCCGCCAUCGAACAGGCCAAGCAGACCAAGGCCGGCGGCGCGAUCGCGUCGGGCGUCAACACGGUGUCGAGCAAGGCGUCCGAGACUGUGGGCAAGAUCAAGGAAACUGAUGUGUUCAAGACGAGCUCGUCUGUCGCGUCGGGUGCUUUGGAGAAGGCCAAGGCCGGCGCCGCGAUCGGCCUCGAGAAGGCCAAGCACGGUGCCGAGUUUGGCCUCGAGAAGGCCAAGGCCGGUGCGGAGAAGGUCCGCUCCAAAGUCAAGGGCGGCGACGAAGGCAAGGCCAUCUAAGCUCCUUUUUAUUUGAAAUAUUAUCGGAUCAUACCCCA